CCCAACAUAAGAACAGCCUGGAGGCGAAAGGGGCAGCGCCUCCGGCCCGGGCACAGCGAAGCCGCGCGCUGCAGACGGUCCCGGGUGCCAGACCUUCGCCUCGCUGGCGCGGCUGGGAGCUGGACGCGCCGAGCGAAGCCGGGCACUUUGGAGACGCUCCCCGGAGCGGGAAGUGGGGCUGCCGCCCGCAGGCGGCCGCUUCACGCUCGCGCGGAGGCGGAGGCGAGGGUUCAGCAAUGCCUCUGUCAGCCUGGUUCAGCCUGCUGCUUCUCUUUCUUUGUAUUGGUACUACCAAAACCUGCUCCCCAGGAUGCCACUGUGAAGUGGAGAGUUUUGGUCUCUUUGACAGCUUUAGCUUGACCAAGGUGGAUUGCAGUGGAAUAGGCUCACACAUUGUUCCUGUCCCUAUCCCUCUGGAUACUUCCUAUUUGGAUCUGUCCUCAAACAAACUGGAAACCAUCAAUGAGUCAAUGCUGACUGGCCCUGGUUAUACCACCUUGGUGAGCCUUGAUCUGAGCUAUAAUAAAAUUGCUAAGAUCUCUUCCACAACCUUCUCCAGGCUCAGGUAUCUGGAAUCCUUGGAUCUGAGUCAUAACUCUUUGGCAGUCCUUCCCGAUGAAUGCUUCCCCAGUUCACCCCUGGGGGACAUAGAUUUGAGCAACAACAACCUCCUGGAUAUAACGUUAGAUGUCUUUGCUUCCAAAGGUCAAGGAAAACCCAUUAACGUGGAUCUGUCCAACAACAUGAUAAGCGCAGUCACGAGACACCAUGACAAAAACAUCCCCAACAUCCAGAGCUUAAAUCUGUCUGGAAACAGACUGAAGACUGUGCCAAACCUCCAAGGGAUUCCCCUGCGAUACUUAAAUCUCGAUGGGAACCCUCUGGCCAAGAUUGAGAAAGGAGCUUUCGUGGAACUGAAGGAUUUAAUUCAUUUAUCUCUCAGCAGCUUACAUGGCUUUAGAGAGAUCUCUCCGUACAGCUUCAAAGAACUACCCAACCUCCAGGUACUCGAUUUAUCCGGCAACCCCAACCUUAAGUUGUUCAGUGCCGAAAUAGUCUUUGGCCUAAGCUCCUUGCAAGAGCUCAACCUGUCCAGUACAAGUGUUUCCUUCUUGCCAAAGACUGUGCUGAAAUACUUACCUACCAUCAAAAGCAUUACCUUGGGGAAGAAUGUACAGUGUCUUAAGGUGACCAAGGAAGGACAGUAUCACCAACAAAUCGGGCUGACCAAAAAAGAGGUCCUCCGUUGUCAUGACAGCCAUGGGUCGGUAGCAGCAGCGCCCUAUGUCUCGUGAUGUAGGUGGAGGGGAAAGUGCUGAGGGAGAUUGUACAGCCACCUGGACUGAAAUGACCUGCCGCGUGCCUUUCGUAAAUCAUUUUGUUAAUAAUUUAUACGUUUGUCUAUGCCAAUACUUGACGGUGUGUGUCUUUAAAUUCCGUAUUACUGCCCACCGUUUUCUGCCACACGUCCGCUGCUGCCUCUUGAUUCCUGCAAGCGUUUGCAAGUGAUAGGUGCAGCAUGGCAGCCCCAAACAGAGUUCGCUGUGAAUGGGGACCAAGUGGGGUCGCUGUUUUGAAUUCCUAAGGAAGGGCAGAAUAUCUGGGGAGCAAAUGCAUUCGGCCCAGGCUUAUUUGCAGGAGCAAAGGUAGCCCUGUCUACAGCAUGCACCAAAAUGUGUUAACGCCACAGUCAUUUGCUUACAAAUCCAUGCUCUAUCCUUUUUUUCUCCCAAGAAGUGCCUUCCAGAUGUUGCCUUCAUUAGCAGUGCCCUGCUCAUUGUCAUGCUCUUUCAGACUGAAGAAACCAUACUAAGCAAACCUGAGUACAGGGUGUUUCUAAUGCUUGGCUGCUGUGUGCAUAAAAGUGCAAUGAACACUUGGUACUUGGGGACCAUUUUUCCCCUCCUCACCUCACCGAUCCUUUCCGCACAGGAUUGCAUUAGAUCCUCCCCUGGAAAUCCGAGGGGCCUUCUGAGGCAGAUGUGUUGAACCUUAGCAAGUGUUCGUACUCAGCGCUGUGCCAUUCGAAGGACUGAAGGCUGUUUCCCUGGACCCGGUUGCUGUGCGUGUGGCUGAACAGAGCCCGCUUGCGAUAAGGGCAGGUUGUCUGGGAGUCAGGCUCCAGCAGGGUAAAUUAGAGUGAGCGGUGAAAGGGAAAGCCCAUGUAAACUAAAUUUAAAAACUCCCUCCCUUUCUUGGGCAUUUAAGGAAUGCUUGAUGAAGCUCUUUAUCUUGAUAACCAUAUCAAACCAAGAGUAAGCCCAUGGGACUGAGAAGAAGCUGUUUCCUCUCUGACUUCCCCGGCCUAAUAAGAACGUGUGUGACGCAGCUGUGCUGUUUAAUGCAAUUUCAGGCCAGAAAAUGUUAGGGGGGGGGAGGAGGGAGAACGCUCCAGCCCCAAAGCCUGGGGCUAUUGACACCCGCUGUUUAAUAGAACAAGGUAGUAGCAUGCUUGCCUGUGUGGGAAAGGAUCCUUUCCGGGGCCUGCUGCUCUGUGUCAUUCUUUCCACUCUCGUGCUUGGCUUCUUGGCAGCUAACUGAAGUCUUGGGAGCACAGAGCAGUUCGUGUCGGCUUUACUCAAUUGCCUGCAUGCUGAAUUUGGCAGAGGGAAAACCAAGCACGAGCAAAGGGAAUGGGAGCGGCAGACGCCUCCAGGGAGCGAGGGGGAAACAACACACGAGAACUGGCGGUAAGGGAGCGAGACGCGCAGCUCGAACAAAUGGGGGGUGGGGGAGAUGCUACAAGAGAACCAAGCUCCUGCUCUGUGAAUUCAAUGGGGACCUUUGAGCCAUGUCCCCAGAGAAACUCGGCCUGGGUGGAGUCAUUUGCUUACCCCAGGCCUGAAUCUGGCACGCUCUUCCUUGGUGGGGGGGGGGGCAGAGGGAGACAGCAUGGGCAGAAUCUGCUCUCAGCUGCACGAGUCGAAGAGCUUGUCUACACACAGAGCUGCCCCAGUUUCACUAAAGGAAUUAUUUUUCUUUUUAAACCAAUUUAGUUGAGCCCAUGCAAAAAGCUGUGUGGACGCUUUUUUUUUUUUUUUUUUCCCCUGGUUUAAACCAGGUUUUUUUUCAGCUUAGUUUAAGUCCAUCAGGAACAGGUUUAAACUAAACAGCAAUAAAAGCCACUCUUAAACCAGAAUCAAUGUGUCCACAUAGGAGUUUGCACCGGAUUAACUUAAACCAGUGCAAAUAGUUGUGCACACGACCCCUGAGUUAAAUGAAGUCUGACUUGAAUCAGAGUAACAGUUAUUAGAAUCUGGCCCAUUUUGUAGCCAGGCACCGAUGGUGGCUGUAGACAAGAAGGAAAAUGUGAAAGGCAGGGAGUACACUAGCAGCUUCUGCAGGGGAUCAGGCGUAAAUGCACUAUCCUCAAGAAGUGGGCAUGGGAAGAAGACCAGAAGAAGUAGGUCAAGAUGCAUCUGAUCACAUAUGUAAUUGUUGAGUAGAUUCCAAUCUGUCAGAGGAGGGGGGGGAAAUCGAGUACACUUCAUGGUGGAACAGCUUGCAUUCUGAAUCAAAGACACUGCAGUAUCAUCCAUGGAAUCCAGAAAGAGCUAUAUCUUCCCAGCUACAUCUUCGAGAGUAUUUUACAAACUGAAAUUACACUGCCCCACACCAGCUAUCUUGGUGAUGGUAGAAAACUUUUGAGCAAAUCAAAGCCUGUCACUGUCUUGGAAGGGCCAGAUUCCCAGCUGGUGCAAUACACUGACCUACACCAGCUAGGACCUGGCCUUGGAUUUCCAAGUAGCUUCUCCAAUGGCUUUUUCCUGUCUCUUAUUGUGGUAGCCUUGUUAGUCUGUAUCAGCAAAAAAAAACGAGGAAUACUUGUGGCACCUUACAGACUAACAAAUUUAUUUGGGCAUAAGCUUUCGUGGGCUAAAACCCACUUCAUCAGAUGCAUGCAGUGGAAAAUACAAUAGGAAGAUCUCUCUCUCUCUCUCUCUCUAUAUAUAUAUAUAUAUAUACACACACACACAGAGAGAAUAUGAAAAUAUGGGUGUUGUCAUACCAACUGUAACGAGACCAAUCCGUUAAGGUUAAUCUUAACUGAUUGGUCUCAUUACAGUUGGUAACACCCAUUGUUUCAUGUUCUGUGUGUGUGUGUGUAUAUCUCUCUUCCUAUUGUAUUUUCCACUGCAUGCAUCUGAUGAAGUGGGUUAGCCCAUGAAAGCUUAUGUCCAAAUAAAUUUGUUAGUCUGUAAGGUGUCACAAGUCCUCUUCCUUUUUUUUUUUUUUUUCUCUUAUCAUUGAAAUUAAAUACUUUUAAAAAUCUUUUUUCCCUUCACUGAGCCUUUUAAAUGCAUGGCUCACCAUUUGGUUUUGCAAGAUUUUUCUUAAAAGGCAACAAUAUUGUCUUAGACAAGAUGUGAUUCUAUAAAAUCAGGAGGGAAAUGAUGAACAAACAGUAAUAACACCAUGGGCUUGGGUUGGUUUGGGGUUUUUUCUUUCCUAACGGAUCCUGCCUUUUUAAGAGAAUUUUUCUGCUGGCAGAAAACUUAAUUUUUAAAAUUAUAUAUUUGUUUAAUUUUAUAGUUCUGUACUUAGAUGAAAUGUUAGGGGGAUAAUAUACAGGCUGUAGAAGUUACUGCCUUUGCACCACUGUGGUAAAUUUAAUACCCAAUGUGACAAUCCAAUUGAAGACUGCAAGAUUUACUCUUGUAAUCUCAUGGUAGCCGCUAGCUAAAUGAGUCUUAUGAAGGGCUGGUAAAUACCUUCUGUGUCUUUUUUUUUUUUUUUUUCUUUAAGACAUUGUAAUGCUUUGUGAUUAUUCACAAUAUAAUAAAGUAAUUUUGUGGA